UCAGUCGUUCGUCGACAUUCAAUCGAGAAAAGUGUAAAAUUGAAUUAAAACAAAUCACAACAUAUCUCUUAAAACUACCAAUUUUCUAAAGUUUUUGUUCUGCUGCAAUGAAAUAAACCAAAAAAUAACUAAAAGAAGGGCAUAGAAAAUAUGAGGGAAACAGGAAUAAAGAUGUAAUAAAGAUAUUACAAGACGUGUGUGAAGGAAGAGAAAUAAAGAAGGUGAAGUGCCACUCCUUUGUGUAAAAGACGAAUGCGCCAGCAGUGGAGACAAAAGUGCUAAGUGCAUAAGUGAAGGAAAAGCCAGAUAAAAAAAGAUAUAUGCAAGGACGGAAUGUAGAGUCAGCAAUAAAAUAUUGUUGAAAAAGAUGCAAUGUGAUUGUACAAAUGCAAAGAGGAGUGAAUUGAAUGCAUCUGAGAAAUUAGUAGAUAAGAAAACAUGUAACUAGUGCAUGUGAAAUUCAUGUGAAUAAAGAAACAAGUUUAUGUAUAAUUGAAACGUAAUUGGUGAUUAAUUAAACCACAGAUAUUUUAAGAACGAAAGAAAUGUGCAUACAUGACGAAAAGUGGAAUAUAUCAUGUACAAAAAGAGCGUAUUUGAAGUAAAGUAAUCUCCAAUAAUUUAAAAGUUGGGAGUUAAAAGUACGACAAAAAAACUUGCUGAGUAUUUGAAAUAAGGCAAUAUAUACAUAUGUACUUUCAUGUUUUAAAGACUGAUCGUCACCAUGCAUACUAUAGAAACGCUACGUGUGAGUCACGCAUUUUAGUAAGCAACACCUCCGAACUAGAGCUAAAUGAGCAGUAAAUUAAGGGUAGCAACAAACAUCAACAAAACUAUGUGUGUGUGUUACUGACUUAAAAAAUUGCGAUAAUAAUAAGAUCGAAGAAAAAAAUUAUCAAGUUUACUUGCACAAAGAAAGAAUACAAUUCAAAAUAGUUUAUAUAAACUAAUAUAUAUAUAUAUAUAUAUAUAUUGUCAAAAUGACUAGUUUCACAAGUCUGAAAGGUUGGUUUGGACGCAAGAAGGAGCCUAUCUCAGAAAUUGGUAAUCCAACAAACUUCCAGAGACAUUAUCAUGUUUCAAGAAAUGAAGAGACCGGGCAUCUUGAAGGUUUGCCUGCGUCGUGGACGAGACUCAUGAAUGCACAAAUUACCCGCGAUGAACAGGAUAAAAAUCCUGACGCUGCCUACCAUGCCGUUAAAUACUAUAACUAUUCCAUUAAGAAAAAGGACAAUGAAGUAUUUAAGCCGUUCAUUACUGAAGAGGCCAUUCAUGAAGAAUCAAAAGAGAUUGAUAACUAUGUAAAUUAUAAAAAUAAACACAAAUCUCAUGAUCCAGAUAAAUCCGAUGAUGAUGAAUUAUAUGGGGGAGGAAGCUCGACUGGGGAAAGCGGUGCAUCGUCCAGUGGAAACAGCAAUAGUAGUAGUUUCAACGAUAAUCAACAAGCCAUCCGUAUGACCGGUUUGAAUCAAGUGAUUAAAGAACUUGAAUCAAAUUUAUUAGCGCAACGCGAAACAUUGAAACCAAUAUCAUCAUUGACCGGUGACGAUCGUCCUCCAUUGCCUGCCAAAAAAUUACAAACUCUACCCCCUAAACCAGUUUUAAAACCAAAGCCCAGAGCUGUAACUCAACAGCUUUCGCGGGGAGUAUCUGAUCUUACUACUAUCAACGCAGAAGAACCUUUGAACAAGAUCAACACUAAUACUAUUAUCCUCAAUCCUGUAGCACCAGCAGAUGCUGAAACCGAACCUGCUGAGGAAUCUAUUUUACGUCGAUCCAAAGAUAAACGUGCACAAAAGACAGACGCUGAAAUUUAUGAGGAAUUACGGGCCAUAUGCAAUAUGGAUGACCCUCGCGAGCGCUAUCAUACUACACAAGAAGUGGGUAAGGGCGCUUCUGGCAUUGUAUUCAUUGCAGCCGAUUUGCAAACCGAAGCGCAAGUUGCUGUUAAGACGAUCGAUCUUAAAAACCAGUCCUCAAAAGAUCUCAUUCUUACUGAGAUACGUGUAUUAAAGGACUUUAAUCAUAAAAAUUUAGUAAAUUUCUUAGAUGCAUAUUUACUUGAACCAGAAGAUCAAUUAUGGGUAAUAAUGGAAUAUAUGGAUGGUGGUCCACUGACAGACGUUGUCACUGAGACUGUUAUGAAGGAACGGCAGAUCGCGUGUGUUUGUCGUGAAGUUCUUUAUGCAAUAAGUUUUCUACAUUCCAAAGGUAUCAUUCAUCGUGAUAUUAAGUCGGAUAAUGUGUUAUUAGGCAUGGAUGGUUCCGUAAAGGUGACUGAUUUCGGUUUCUGCGCAAAUAUUGAAGGUGAUGAAAAACGUCAAACAAUGGUCGGAACACCAUAUUGGAUGGCCCCCGAAGUUGUAACACGUAAGAAAUAUGGAAAAAAAGUAGACAUAUGGUCAAUCGGUAUUAUGGCAAUAGAAAUGAUCGAAGGUCAACCACCAUAUCUCUAUGAGACACCGCUUCGUGCGCUCUAUCUUAUUGCAGCUAAUGGCAGACCUGACGUUAAGAGCUGGGACAAACUGAGCCCUAGUUUACAAGACUUUCUAGAUUGUUGCUUACAAGUUGAGGUCGACAAACGUGCGACAGCUGAUGAGUUACUACGACACCCAUUCCUUGAUGAUUGCAGUGAAGUAAAAGCAUUGGUGCCGAACAUUAAAGCAGCCAAGAAAGUGCUGCGGCGUAUGGUGUAAAGUAGCAUGCGAAGGGAUGGGAAGAUAAAAACAACGAUUGUAUACAUAAAAGAUCUGAUCAUGUUGGGUAGAUUGACGUGCAAUUGUAAUAUUGGAUUAGUUCAGUUGUAUUCAUGAGCUGUGCAAGAACGUUGUGUAUUUUAGUUGCCUAUUUAUAUACUACGUAGCUAUAAGUAUGUAUAAGAAGAGCCUUCAAUCGGAUAUGAGGAAUAUUGAGUACGAAAAUACUGUUAAGAUAUGCCACAAAGUCUUAAUGCUAAGUCAAUAAGUGUGACAGAAGGGUGAAGGCGAAUGCUGAAUUCAAUAUAGGGGGGAAUACGAAUGGAAUAUUGCUGUUGACAGAAAAAUGCUAUAGGGAACAGAAAUAGUGCAACAUAAUUUUUAUGAAUUGGUGCAUUAAAUGAAGCAUGCUAGAACAUCGCUGGACGAACAGUAUUGCAGUCGAAAGAUAAUUAGACGAUAAUUUUGAGUGCACCACCGGCAAUUUAGAUUAAAUGCAACAUCCGGAGUAUUCCGCGCCCAACUAUAGCAGCAGCAGCAGCAGCAGCAGCAACAAAUACGACACAACACCGUUUCUACUACUACUAUUAUUAAUAAUACAGCAACUACUACUACUACUACUACUACUAAAUAGUAAUCAUUAUGAGAAAUAUCAGCAAAGUCUGAGUUCCAUAUUUUUUAUUAAACACACACAUCCGCACAUCAACAAACAGUAGUAAUAAAGUAAUUAUAAUUAUCGAAAAUAUAAUUAAUAUGUACGUACGUAGUUUGUAUAUCGAAUAGCCGACUAUACAAAAUAAUCACUUCAACUAAACUAUCAAAAACGCGCAUUUUGGCAGUAGCUAAGACAUAGAUUCUUACAGUGGUUGUACUCUUUCAGCUAAUUCAUACAUACAAUGUCAAAAAGAACGUAGUUUAAAAGCAGACAAUUUAAAAAAAAAAUAAACUAAUUUAUUCCUAUUUUCCAUUAUUUCAAAUAUUUGCUUUAUUAUUUACUCAAAAAUGCCAAUAAUUUUGCACUUGUAGUUCUUUUUUUUAACUAAAAUAAAGUGAAAGCUGCAAAACAAAAAAUAUAAUAAUAUUAAAAAAAAAAUUAGUCACAUUUCUAUGCAUAAGCAAAUAUGUAUAUAAAUACUUGCACACAAAAAAUAUAUACGAUAAAACGAUUAGCGAUAUUUUCAUUGCCAAAAUUAUUGUUAUUAUACUUCAUUUUAAUUAUAUAUAAACUUGUAUGUAUAUUUAAAUUAAACAUUUUUUAAAUAAAUAGUUAUUUUUACAUACAUAGAUAUGUACUUUAUUUAAUAUGUAACUUUAUUAGUAUUUAGUUAUAAUCUUGCGUUAUUUUUUUAAUUUUUUUAAAUAUUUAUUUUGUUUCUACAAAAUGCAAUUGCACUUUUAAUGUAACUUGCAAACGAGUUAAUUUGAAUUAAACAUAGUACAUGCAUACAUGCAUACACUUACCAAUAUAUUACGUUAAAGAAUUGAUGAGCGUAAAUACAACUCGUAAAUACUUAUAAUCAAUUAAUAUCAAUGUGAUUUAAGCGAUUUUAUCAAAGCUAUCUAAUGUCUUUAAAACCACGUUAAAAACAUAAAAAAAGUUGUUCUAUGCGAUGUUGUUGUAGGUUCUCAAAUGCAAAGUAAACUAAAUGAAACAUUUUUACGCAAUAAGAAGUACUGCAAAUAUAAAAUGUAAACAUAUUGAAAAUAAAGAUUGUAUUUCAAACUAAAAGAAUGAGACAUCAAUUAAACAUAUACAUAAAUACAUAUGUAGGAAUAGCAAUUAAAAUAAUAAAUUAAAAAACAAAAAAAUAAAACAAAAUAUCGUGGGCAUUAGACGAGUAUUGAAUGGGCCAAAUAUUGUUACAACGCGCAUUUUUAAUUUAGUCUUUACAAUAUGCAAGUUGUGAUGCCUGAUUAUUGAGUUUCGCUGUCAUUGAACCAUAUAAACUAAAAUUGAAAUAAAUAAAUAUACAUACAUAUAAGUCUUCUAUAUUUUUUUUUUAUAUACUGUUGUAAGCUAAAGUGCCAUUAGGUCUAAAUUGUUUAGAAAAAAUCGAAAUUUUAUUGUUGUUGUUAACAAUAACGCUCAGCAAUAAGUUUACAAGUUGUAUAUAACUUAGCUAUGUAAAGCGAUAAAAUUUCGUAAAAAUUCCUUAAAAACGCAUUGUAUUGUAAUUUGUAGCUUCGAAAAAUCCAUAGAUUCCGUUUGCAUUUACAUCAGCGAAAACACAUUUGUAUUAUAUAAAAACCUUUCGACUGGCAUUUGCUACAACAUAAAUAGUAAAUGCAUUAUUUUUAGACAGGCAAUUUUAAAUACACACAAUAAUCAUAUAUGUACAAAUUUUAAAAGGUUAUUUUUUCAUUAUUGUACCACAACAACAAAUAUGUAUUAAACGAGUACUUGCUUGUAGGUUAAAAAGCUUAAUUUAGCACAGCUGAAAAGUUUAAAAAUUCUAAAUUUAAUCAUAAGCCGGUAAAUGAAAACACGCAAAGUGUCGCUGUAUAUAACUAAAAUUCAAAUAAUUUCAUUAAGAAUUUGUACUUGGGGGAAUACAACAUAUUUUUCAAUAUUAAAAUAUCAAACAACUUUUAGUGUAUUUCUGCCAUGCAAUAGCUUGACAGUUGGUGGCAAUACAUUUUGUAUCGCUGAAAUUAAACAAUAAAAAUUAUAUGUAGUUUAUAAAAAAAAUACAUAAUUUACCAUAAUUUGUGCUUUUCUUACUAUCGGUCAUUUCACUGAAUCAAGAUACACUAACAUUAUUCUUAAUUUAUUUAAAACCACAAUUAGCUUCAAUUUAAUGUUUACUGAAAUAAAAAUGAGCUGUUUUCUCACCUUUGUGAUGGUUACAGUAAUUUAUAUAACGGUUUUGAGUAAUUUGGCAAUAUUCUAAUGUUAUAAAAACGCAGCGCCACUGAAAACAUCAAACGCACAAUUAGCAAUAAUUAUAUGUAGUAAUAACACAAAAUUUCAUUAUAGCUAAUUAUUGGAUGCAAAAAUAUAGUUAAACAAAUCAAUAUGCCAUUAUUAUGUGCAGGCAUAUAUUAAAAGCAGUAUAAUUCACAUAUGAGCACCUAUACUUAUAAUAAAAAGGCAGAUAGAUAUGUAUAUUUUUUAUUUCCACCCAAACGGUCUUAAUAAAUUCCGCUAUGACAUUGCAUAGCUUUGUUGCUUUAAAAUGUUGUAAAUGAGUUUAAAUUAUUUCACGUUCCAUUUGUUUAUAUCAUUUUCUUGUAAAUGAUAGUUAAAAUAUCGUUUUUGACCUGCAACAAAUCUUUAUUGAAUUAUCGACUUUACUGUCUAAAUUCUAACCCAUAAUAAAUUAAAUUCUAAAAUUUACUUCCUUGCAUUGUCAUAUAAAUUUAAAAUUCUUCCUUAUUUCGCUCUUUUGCAAGCUAGCAAAUCAAAUAUAUCAUAAGAACACAAAGUAUAACUAAUUCAAUUAAAACCUGCUAUUUAUUCGACCUUCAUUAUGUUGUGUACAUACUUGCACUCAGCUCAUACUUAUUUGAGCACUUUCCAAGAAAUAACUAUUCUCCUUUUGUGAACUCCCAAUUGAGGGAAAAAUCAGAUCAACGCAUAAGCAACGAUAUUAAUACCAUUUCUUUAUAUACAUAUAUAUAUACAUAGUUUUAACAGUAGCAUAGUUAUCCCACAAUUAUGCAAUAAAUGAAAAAAACCAAUAAUUUUAUAGUAUUUAAAUGUUUAAU